CGCGCCGCCGCUCCGGAGCCCCGGAGCCCCGACCUCCGCCUCGGCCCUGCGCGGGGCGCCACCCGCGGGAUCCCCACGCAGGCCUCGGACGCCUCCCCGGCCACGCACGGAGCAGCCGCGGAAGCAGUCUCUUCUCAGGAGAAAGGUUCCCACAGCUCAUCAUGUCACGACGAAGCCAGCGCCUCACGCGCUACGCUCAGGGUGACGACGAUGGCGGCAGCAGCAGCAGUGGAGGCAGCUCGGUGACGGGCAGCCAGGGUCCCCUGUUUAAAGACAGUCCUCUCAGGACCUUGAAGAGGAAAUCCAGCACUAUGAAGCGCCUUUCCCCGGCACCACAGCUGGGCCCCUCCUCUGACUCCCAUACCUCCUACUACAGCGAGUCUGUGGUACGGGAGUCUUACAUAGGCAGUCCCCGCGCUGCCUCCCUGGCCAGGAGCGCCCUCCUCGAAGACCGUCUGCGCAGUGAGCCCUACUGGAGUGAGGACCUGCGGGUGAGGAGGAGGAGAGGCACGGGCGGCUCAGAGAGCAGCAAGACCAACGGCCUCGCCGCAGAGAGCAAGGCCUCCGAGGAGGUUUUCGGCUCCUCCUCGGGCUACUCCUCCGAGGAUGACUUUGCAGGCUACUCAGACCUGGAGCAGCAUAGCUCAGGGUCAAGGCUAAGGAGCGCCAUCUCUCGGGCAGGCGCCUUUGUCUGGAUGCUACUUACUUUUCCAGGCCGGCUUUUCAGUCUUCUCUACUGGUGGGUUGGCACCACUUGGUAUCGCCUGACAACGGCUGCCUCCCUCCUGGAUGUCUUCGUUUUAACCAGGUCCCGGCGCUUCUCGUCCCUGAAGCCGUUCCUCUGGUUCCUGCUGCUGUUGCUGCUGCUGACUGGCUUGACCUACGGUGCUUGGUACUUCUUCCCCUUUGGGCUGCAGACAUUUCACCCAGCUGUGGUUUCAUGGUGGGCACUGAAGGAGGACAGGAGGCAGCCUGAGGUGUGGGAAUCCAGAGACACAUCCCCGCACUUCCAGGCCGAGCAGCGCAUUCUCUCCCGGGUACACUCCCUCGAGCGGCGCCUGGAAGCUCUUGCUGCUGAGUUUUCUUCCAACUGGCAGAAGGAGGCCAUACGGCUAGAACGCCUGGAGCUGCGACAGGGGGCUGCUGGUCAGGCAGGUGGCAGUGGCCUGAGCCAUGAGGAUACCUUGGCGCUCCUGGAGGGGCUGGUGAGCCGCCGUGAGGCUGCCCUCAAGGAAGACUUCCGCAGGGACACUGCCGCUCGCAUCCAGGAGGAACUGGCCACGCUGAGGGCGGAGCAUCACCAAGACUCAGAAGACCUCUUUAGGAAGAUUGUUCAGGCCUCCCAGGAGUCCGAGGCUCGUGUCCAGCAGCUGAAGUCAGAAUGGCAAAGGAUGACCCAAGAGGCCUUCAGGGAGAGCUCUAUGAAGGAGCUGGGGCAGUUGGAGGCCCAGCUGGCUGGCCUGAGGCAAGAACUGUCCACCCUGGCUCUGAAGCAGAGCUCAGUGGCAGAUGAAGUGGACCUGUUGCCACAGAAGAUCCAGGCUGUGCGGGACGACGUGGAAUCGCAGUUCCCUGCCUGGGUCAGUCAGUUCCUUCUCCGAGGCGGGGGCGCCCACACGGGGCUCCUGCAGAGGGAGGAGAUGCAUGCGCAGCUGCAGGAGCUGGAGAGCAAGAUCCUCGCCCACGUGGCCGAGAUGCAGGGCACGUCAGCCAGGGAGGCUGCCGUCUCCUUGGGGCGCGCACUGCAGAAAGAAGGCAUGGUUGGGGUGACCGAGGAGCAGGUGCAUCGGAUCGUCAAGCAGGCCCUGCAGCGCUACAGCGAGGACCGCAUUGGGCUGGUGGACUACGCCCUGGAAUCCGGAGGGGCCAGUGUGAUCAGCACCCGGUGUUCCGAGACCUAUGAGACCAAGACGGCCCUCCUCAGCCUCUUUGGUAUCCCCUUGUGGUACCACUCUCAGUCACCCCGCGUUAUUCUCCAGCCAGAUGUGCACCCAGGCAACUGCUGGGCAUUCCAGGGACCCCAGGGCUUUGCCGUGGUCCGCCUCUCUGCCCGCAUCCGCCCCACGGCUGUCACCUUAGAACAUGUGCCCAAGGCUUUGUCACCCAACAGCACCAUCUCCAGUGCCCCAAAGGACUUUGCCAUCUUUGGCCUUGAUGAAGACCUGCAGCAGGAAGGGACACUUCUUGGCACGUUCACCUAUGACCAGGAUGGGGAGCCUAUUCAGACCUUCUAUUUCCAGGUCACCAAAAUGGCUCCGUACCAGGUGGUGGAGCUUCGCAUUCUGACCAACUGGGGCCACCCCGAGUACACGUGCAUCUACCGCUUCCGGGUGCACGGGGAGCCUACCCACUAGCCCCUCAAGAGCUCAUGCCUGCUGCCAACCAGCCACCUGGGAGGCCCAUGCCUUCUGGCAUCUCUGCUCCAGGAGCAGGUGCAGAGCACCCCGCCAGCUGUCCCCACAUGCUUGAGCAGUGCGCUUACUUCCAGGAGCAAGAGAGAAGAGGCCUGGUCCCAGGGAGAUGAUGAACGGAUCACGGGCAGGAUUUCCCCUGCCUGAUGGGGCAGCUUGAGGUGGCCAGCGGGCUCCACCAGUCCCCUUCGUCCCCUCUUGAGCUAGGUACCUACCACAGGCUGUAUAUAUGUAGCAUACUUUGGGGGACUGGGUGGUGGGGAGGUGAGGCCAACUGCCCUUGCCCAGAGUGAAGGGGCUGGCACUAGGGACUUCCUGGUAGGCAGAGGGUAGGUGAAGCAGGUGCCAAAGCCAUGGGCACAUUGAGCCAAAUCCUGGAAGGUGUGCUGGGCGAGUUGUAUGGCCCUUUAGGAGGGUGCUCAGCACCAGCCCUUGGACUGUCCCCAGCAGGUACCUACCUGGCAGAGCGUUACUGUGUUCUUGCAUGCUGGGUACCACAGCCCACAAGGCCCAAUUUAUCCUGAGCCCUGGUAGCCAUGGGGCUUCUUUCACCCUGGAGAGAGCCAGAUCCUGUGUGCCUCUGAGGGCUAUUGCUUGUGCCAACCUGGAGGAUCCUGGCGUGGGAAACAUUGCUGUCUGUCUCGAUGUGGGGCAAGGCUCCAUUCUGCACUGCAUUCCUGUUCCAACCUCCCUGUGCCCCACAGUGAGUUUUCCGUAUCCCCCUAGGCUGUGUGCUCGUGCCCAUUACCAUCUGCGGGUAGAAGGGAUGGGAGCACAGAACAUCCUAGGCUCUCUUGGUCCAGUGCCCAUGGCCAAGGUGUUGAGUAGGGGACUGCACUGGCCCGACCCUAUCUACUCGGGCCAAGGGGGCCCUUCCCUGAGCCCCUUUGAGCUCUCAGCUCCUGCUCAGAUUCUAUUUGCUUCCUGCUCUUCCUCUGUGGUGGUGGUCUCUUGGGCCCUGGGAGGGGAGGCUGGCAGAAGUUACCCUGUGUGAGGAGGAAGAGGGGACUUUUGGACCGACAAGCCCUGCUGUAUUAUGUAUAUACUUUUCAAAGUCUGUUUUUUUUUUUUUUUUUUUUUUUUUUAACUGAAAAGCUACAGGCUUGAUUCCUAGCCCCAUUCUGGGGGCACCAGGUGGUACUGAGUUCCUAGUUCCUGAGAGGAGCUUGGUCCUGGCUUGUGGGGAGGGCCAGCAGCGGCCCUGUUUUACAGGGUGGCUCUGCUGAAAGGAAACAGCUUUCCACACUGCCCUGCCCCAGCCACUGUCACCAGCGGCUUGUUUUGCGCUCUCCUGUCACAAAUGCUGCACUGUUAGUUCUUAAUAUUUUUUUUUAAUCUCUAGACUCUUAAUUUAUGCCUAUGCAAAAAUAAAGGAUGCCCAGGAUCAAUGA